UUAUCUUGGUUUUCCAUUUUCGUCUCAUUAUUUUCUUGCUUUUGCAAUUAAACCCCUAAAAUAAUUCCAAUUUGUUUCUCUAAUCUUCAGCAAAAUUACACAUUACGGCACAACUUUCAGCCACAGCCUUCUCCUUCACGAAAGUUUGUGAGAUCGUUAUUCAACAGUACGCCUCCCUUGGCUCAGGUUUGCUCCUCACCGGUCCACCGUCCGCGGCCGUUCCGGCCAAUUUCCUACGGCCGCCAUGGAGUACACUACCCGAUUACACCUUUCUCUCCAACACGCUCUUCUUCCUACUGUAUCCCGCCGGUUGUCUCUUCCCGCUGUUUUCCGCCGGCUGAGCGGUUUUCCCUUAACCGGCAAGUUCUUCUCCCAUUGGAGUAAAUUCAGGCCUCCGUCGACUGUAGUUUACGCACAGGCCAAGCGAGGCUUCUCUGCCAAAGAAGACGAUGUAGCCAAGUCUGUUGAUCUUGAAUUUGAGGCUCCGCUCAAAAUUGUGGAAUAUCCGGACAAAAUACUUAGAGCAAAGAAUAAGCGUAUUGAUUCCUUUGAUGAUAAUCUGAAGAAGUUAGUGCGCGAAAUGUUUGAUGUAAUGUAUAAAACUGAUGGUAUUGGGCUCUCAGCACCUCAAGUGGGAGUUAAUGUUCAACUAAUGGUAUUUAAUCCAGUCGGUGAACGUGGUGAAGGGGAGGAAAUUGUUCUUGUGAACCCUAGAGUUUACAGAUAUUCCAAGAAAACUGUACUCUUUAAUGAAGGUUGCUUAUCCUUCCCAAUGAUAUAUGCUGAUGUAGAGAGACCAGAAUCAGUUAAGAUUGAUGCACGAGACAUUAGUGGUACAAGGUUCAUGUUCAACUUGUCAGGGCUUCCUGCAAGAGUUUUCCAGCAUGAAUUUGACCAUUUACAGGGAAUUUUGUUUUUUGACAGAAUGACGGAUGAAGUACUUGAUACCAUUCGCCCUCAGCUGCAGGCCCUAGAAAAGAAGUACGAAGAUAAAACUGGAUUACCAAGUCCUGAAAGAAUAGAGAACUUUAGAACAAGGAAGGUUGCUGCUGGUUUCGGAAAAUCAUGAUCAUAGAUUAUGAAUAUAAAUGCUAAUAAAUUUUGUGAAUUGUAUGAUACAAAGAAAUUUGAUUUUGGUAGUUUCGUGGUUUUCAUAUCCUUGAACCAUGUGAUUCAAAUCAACAUCGUAAAUUGGUACGUCAAAUUUUUUUCAUGUAA